CGCGUUUUGAGUUUGGCGGGAAAUUGGUCUGCUGAGGCUUUCUUUCGGGGCUGCGUUCUCUCAGACGUCGCUAGAGGUGCAGGACAUUAUGGAUCCCUUUAAGCUGCAGACUCGCUCUUCUGCUAGACAAGCGGCAAUGCAGAGUGUUAAAGUUAUGGUCUCGUUUCAAGAGAUCUGUGCUGCCAAACGAGCUCUGGAGUUGCAGAAAAAUGACUUUUCAAAACGGAAGGAAUUCCAAAAUUUCCGGAACGUGGAUAUCAUUCCUAUGGAAACGUCGUCAUCCUCCGAUGACAGUUGUGACAGUUUUGGCUCUGAUAACUUUGCAAACACAAAGAAUAGGUUCAGAAAAGGCACCACCGUAGAACUGGCUAAAAUAUUUUCUGAGGAUUCGGAUAAUGAGUCGUUCUGUGGGUUUUCAGAGACUGAAAUCCAGGACGUCAUGAAAAUUGAGUCUGAUUCUGAAGAUAAGAGGCCAAAGAGAGGUCGUCCCAAGAGAAAUGUGCCCCUAAGAGUAGCCCUGAAAUUUCCACCCAAGAGGAACUCCACAAAAGAGAGCAUAUCUCAGAAAGAAGUGAAAGUUUCUGAAGACUCUGACGAGAAAGGAUCCAAUUUCUUAGAGAAACGUGCUUUGAACAUUAAAGAAAACAAAGAAAUGCUGGCAAAACUAAUGGCUGAACUGAACAGCAUACCUGGCUUCUUUUCAAGUAAAAAUCCAUUCUCUCCUUCCGCCCCGAAACUGAAACGAGGUCCUAGAACUCCUCAGUCGGGUGGGUGUGCCAGAAAAAAUCCUGACCGACGCGCCCGUCCUCACACUAGGUCAAGGUCCCUCGUUGAUGGACCACCUAGCCCACCUCCUGAGGAUGAGGAAGAUGACCACUUCUAUUUAGUGAGGAAAAGAAAAAUCUUUGACGAUGACGAGGAUGAAGCCUAUGUGCCGAGGCGCAGCCGUCCAAGUGCUAUGGCUUAUGCCCAUGUUGUACGACCCGUAGAAGAGAUCACUGAAGAAGAACUCAAUGCCAUCUGCGGCAAUGUCCGUGAGAAGGUGUACAACAGAUCAACAGGAACAACUUGUCAUCAAUGCCGCCAAAAGACGAUAGACACUAAAACAAAUUGCCGUAAUCCGGACUGUAUGGGCGUGAGAGGGCAAUUUUGUGGCCCUUGCUUAAGAAACCGGUAUGGGGAGGAUGUAAGAACUGCACUGCUGGAUCCAGAAUGGCGCUGCCCGCCUUGCAGAGGGAUUUGUAAUUGUAGCUUCUGCAGACAGCGCAACGGUCGCUGUGCCACUGGAGUACUGGUUUAUCUGGCGAAGUACCAUGGCUAUGACAAUGUCCAUGCUUAUCUAAAAAGCUUGAAACAGCAACUUGAAAUGGAAGAUUAAGCACCUUCAGUACAAGGAUUACUGAUACCGCUCUCAAACACUGGCAUCCUGCCUAAAUCUUUUUUUUUUUUUUUUUUUUCUGUUUGCUUUAUGAGAAUGAAAUGUAAUUUCUGUUAUCAGAACUGGUUUGCCAUGAAAACAUUUGGA